AUGCCCCACUCUGGGCGGGGGCUUCCCUCACCUGGUGCCCAGCGGAAGGUGCCCACACUUGGUGAGGGGCUGGAGGGCACCAGCGGGGAGGGGGGCCACCUGAACACCCGCCUCUGGCUCCCGAGUGCCUCUGUGGGGACCUACCCAGCGGCGACCCGACCACCGCCCCAGCACAGGUGCCCUCUUGGGACACCCCAGCCCCCUUCUUUUUGUUUCUGUAAAAAUAACCAAAAGCAUUUAAAUGUGUUACCUUCUUUUACACAUACAGACUCCAAAAACAAAAACCAACACAAAUCUUUAUUUUUUUGA